AUGAGUUUAUCAGAUCUAUUAGUGGAUUAUGGUGAGAGUGGUCAUUCUUAAUUUGGUAAUUAGAUAAAUAAUACCAUAGAUGAACAUACUAAAAAGUAAUUUACAGGUCCAGCUAAAUUUGCUACUAAAAUUGAUCCACUUUAAGAAGGUGAUUAUACAAUAAAACCACCAUCAAUGACAAGUUUUCAUAAAGUAACAGAUCACAUUAAUCCAUCACAUUCACCAAAUUCAGGAGUGAUUUAAUUUUCUCCAAGAACUUAGUUUCUAGAAGAGAAAAAUCUCAUGAAUACCAAUAAUAAGGAGCUAAUGAAAGAAAUAGGUUAAACUAAUAUAACUAACUAACAUAAAGAAGGCAUUAAUAAUUUCAUAAAAUUGGUGUUAGCAAAGAGCUACUUCAACCGUUUUGUUGAGAAUAUGCUUUAAAAAUCUUAUGUUAAGAAAUUAUCACAUUUCAAUCUUUACUAAAAUACAAUGUUAGAUGAUCUCAGAUAUAUUGAUUCUAAACAUAAAGUUCGUAAGAAUUUCAUAGGUAAGAUUUGCAAGAAGUUAAGAUUUCUGCCAAUCUUUGAUUAAAGUAGCUAUUUAGUUAUAGGUUGGUAAUUACUUCACAUUUUAACAAUAAUUAUUAUAUUUUUUUGGACUCCAUUUAAUAUAUCAUUUGGUAUCACUUUUGAUUAGGUUGUUUUUGGAACCUUAACAGUCAGAGAUGUAGAAUUCUAUUUUUUAUUUUCGAUUGUAGUAGAUGGAUUCAUAGUGAUAAAUACAUCUUAUAUUGAAAAAGGAAUAAUCAUCAAAUAAAGAGCCAAAAUAUUUAUAAAUUAUGUAAAUACAUAAGGAAUUUACGAUUUAGUAAAUAAUAUCUUAUAUUUAAGUGUUCAUUCGCAUCAAUGUUAGUUGCUCAAUAAUUUGAUGUAAACAGUUCUACUGAAAAAUUAGGAUGGUAAUUGAUUCCUUACGCAAUUUACUAUUGUAGUAGAUAGUUUAAAUUAUAAGCAAGAGUUCAUAAAUUAGAAGAGUAAUUAUAAUAUGAAAAUUGAUUAGAUUCUUCAACUUUUCAGGUUGGGCUUAAGAUUUAAUAGAAUUAAUUAAACUCUUAUUUAUGGUUAUAUAUGUCGGUCAUUUAUUUGCUUGUCUAUGGCAUGGAGUUGCUUUUUAUUAAAUAGGAUUUAGAAAAACUUGGCUUGAAGCUUAUGAUGUUUCAGAUUAAGAUAUUUUUUCAAAAUAUAACUAUGCUUUUUAUUGGGCUGUACAAACAAUGAUUACUGUUGGAUAUGGAGAUUUAACACCUUAGAAUAAUAAUGAGAGAUUAUGCGCAAAUAUGAGCAUGUUUUUAGCUUGUGGAGUGUUUGCUUUUUCAUUUAAUAGUAUUGGACUUAUGUUGAGUAAUUUAAAUUCAAGAUAAGUACUUUAUAAACGUAGUACCAAUCUCUUGAAUUCAUAUUUAACGAAAAAUUAAAUUAAAAUUGAGUUACAAUCCAGAAUUAGGAAUUACUAUGAUUAUAUUUUUCAAGAAGAACAAGAAAUUAAUGAUGAAGAAGUCUCAUAAAUAACAACAAAGUUAUCAAGUUCCCUUUAAGAAGAAUUAAAUUUUGAAAUUAGAUUAAAUGUUAUGAAAACAAACAAAGUUUUAACGAAAUUCUCUUAGAAAACACUAAAACAACUUUCAUUAAUAGUUGAAGAAGUAAGAUAUUCUCCUGAAGAUUAAAUUCUGCUUUAAGGUACUCAAGAUGAUUGUUCAUUAUAUAUUAUCACAAAAGGGACAGUUUCUGUUUUAUUUCAAGAUGAACCUUAAGGUCGUAACACAAGAGUCCUUUCUUAUUUAGAAAAAGGUGAAUCUUUUGGGGAAUAUUCAUUUUUCACUGGUCUCAAUAGAUGUGCUUCAGCUAAAAGCAUAGGUUUUUCAAGAGCUUACAAAAUUCCAAGACAAUAAUUAUUAAAUGUUUUGUAAACUAAUNUAAUAUCUUAUAUUUAAGUGUUCAUUCGCAUCAAUGUUAGUUGCUCAAUAAUUUGAUGUAAACAGUUCUACUGAAAAAUUAGGAUGGUAAUUGAUUCCUUACGCAAUUUACUAUUGUAGUAGAUAGUUUAAAUUAUAAGCAAGAGUUCAUAAAUUAGAAGAGUAAUUAUAAUAUGAAAAUUGAUUAGAUUCUUCAACUUUUCAGGUUGGGCUUAAGAUUUAAUAGAAUUAAUUAAACUCUUAUUUAUGGUUAUAUAUGUCGGUCAUUUAUUUGCUUGUCUAUGGCAUGGAGUUGCUUUUUAUUAAAUAGGAUUUAGAAAAACUUGGCUUGAAGCUUAUGAUGUUUCAGAUUAAGAUAUUUUUUCAAAAUAUAACUAUGCUUUUUAUUGGGCUGUACAAACAAUGAUUACUGUUGGAUAUGGAGAUUUAACACCUUAGAAUAAUAAUGAGAGAUUAUGCGCAAAUAUGAGCAUGUUUUUAGCUUGUGGAGUGUUUGCUUUUUCAUUUAAUAGUAUUGGACUUAUGUUGAGUAAUUUAAAUUCAAGAUAAGUACUUUAUAAACGUAGUACCAAUCUCUUGAAUUCAUAUUUAACGAAAAAUUAAAUUAAAAUUGAGUUACAAUCCAGAAUUAGGAAUUACUAUGAUUAUAUUUUUCAAGAAGAACAAGAAAUUAAUGAUGAAGAAGUCUCAUAAAUAACAACAAAGUUAUCAAGUUCCCUUUAAGAAGAAUUAAAUUUUGAAAUUAGAUUAAAUGUUAUGAAAACAAACAAAGUUUUAACGAAAUUCUCUUAGAAAACACUAAAACAACUUUCAUUAAUAGUUGAAGAAGUAAGAUAUUCUCCUGAAGAUUAAAUUCUGCUUUAAGGUACUCAAGAUGAUUGUUCAUUAUAUAUUAUCACAAAAGGGACAGUUUCUGUUUUAUUUCAAGAUGAACCUUAAGGUCGUAACACAAGAGUCCUUUCUUAUUUAGAAAAAGGUGAAUCUUUUGGGGAAUAUUCAUUUUUCACUGGUCUCAAUAGAUGUGCUUCAGCUAAAAGCAUAGGUUUUUCAAGAGCUUACAAAAUUCCAAGACAAUAAUUAUUAAAUGUUUUGUAAACUAAUCAAAUUGAUCUAGUAAUAGAUUUAUAUUAUAUUUUAGGAAAGAUUUUGUGAGGUUCGAGAUUCCAUACUAUUAUGUGGAAAUUUUUAACCUGCUAAAUUGAGUUGCUAUUCUUGCAAAAAAUUUAACCAUUUAGUUAAAGAUUGUCCAGUAUUGCAUUUUGUAGCCGACAAGGAGAAAGUAAUUAAAAAAGAAUAUUACCCUCUUUUAUAAAAUCGAUGUAUUACAUAUAAGAGGAAAAGAUCUGAUCGUAACUAUUAUCCUACUUUGUUGGAAAUGAAGAAGAUGAUUGCAUUUAUUGGAUACUUUCAAACUAAAGAAAAUUAAGCUGAUAAUAUUACUAUUAUUGAUGAGGAAUUAGAUAUUUCAUAUGAAGAUAAUGAUGGAUCUCCUAAUGAAUAAGAUUAUUGUAAAAUAUCUUCAUUUAAUAUUAGCUUCUUUAUCUAAAAGUUAUUCAAAACUUUCAAGACAACAAUCUUAAAAUAGAUCAUAUUCUUAAUAUGAAAAUAAUAAUAAUAAUACUAAAAAUCUAUAACCUAUAUAAGAAAGUGAAGAUUCACUAGAUAGUCCUAGUCCCAAUAAAAAAAGAAAUAUGUAGAUUAAAUAAACUCUGUAAACUGCUGGUUUUGGAGUUCAGGAUUCCUUGUAAAAUAAAAUAAGAAAUGAUGAUUUAGAUUAAAAUCUCUCUAGUUUUGGAAACGCUACUCCAUCAAUUCAUGAUGAAAAUAAAUAUUCAAUAAAAAACGAUUCAUUAGGAUUACCUAGUCCUAUUGACAUUCCUGGAAGGGUAACCAAAAAAAGAAUUACAGUUCUUAGAAAAUAAAAAAGAGAAGAAUCUUAUAAACCAUUUUCAUCUUAAACUAAAGUAGAAGUUAAUUAGGAUAGAGAAAAAUCUUAAUAAAAAAAAAUUAAAAAUAAAGACCCUUUAAUUGAUAUUCCUGUAACUCCAUCUAUUUAAUCUGUUGAUUAUAAAAGAGAUUCAAUUGAUAGAAAAGAUGAUAGAAGAGAUUAAAAAAGAAAAACUACCAAAACUAAAACAAAUCGAAGUAGAACUGCAAAAACUCAUCGAACAACCAAAUUAGUUUAAGAUAAUCCAACCUAAGAGAUUUCAAUUCCUGUUUUUGAGAGAUAGGCUGUUUCUAUGGAAUUGGAGGAUUUCGAAGUCUUAAAAAAUUUUACCAAUUAUUUCAGUUGGAAUAAUGGCAAAGUUGUUGUUGCAAGAACUAUGAAAAUUUUAUUAAGAAAUCUUGAAAAAAGAAGGAAUUUUAUGAAUUAGUUUUCGUUUUAUACUUUCAAUUCAUUAGCAAUUGCUAAAAUUACAAGAAUAAAAAGAAAACUUAAAUUGAUGUAAUUCAUUUUUAUAUUUAAAUUAUUUUUAGAGAAGAUCCACCUUUAGAAGAGAAAAAAGAAAAAAAGUCUGUUCAUCCAAUUAAUAAAUCAAUGAAAGAUAGAAGAAGUAGUAAACGAAGUACUUAAACUGAUGAUUUAACUGGAUUAUUUUAGAAAAAGCCUUAAUUUGGAACUCAAAUAUAAGUUUUUUCAGGUGUUACUCUUUCAAGGUUUAGUCGAAAUGAAUUAGAAUAUAGAUGA